AUUAUUGCAUAAUGUUUGGCCAAGAUGCCUGCGCGCUCACGGCCGUGGUGAAAGCUCGAGUUCGUCAUUUCAGGAGUGUUCAUGGCUGCUCGGGCAUUUUCCAAGCGGUGACGGGCGCUCCCUCGGCGCGCCUGUCGUCAAUCGGAAACAUCCACUUCUCCCAGCAUGGAGAAAGACUGUGCAGCGAAAAUGGAUCCUCCUCACCAUGUCGGAAACUGUGAAGUAUGUAGACGAUGAGCACAAGACCAUUUUUCUAAAGAUACUGAAUGAGCAGAGAUUAGAAGGAGAGCACUGUGACAUUGCAGUGGUAGUUGAAGAUGUUAAAUUCAGGGCACACCGCUGUGUUUUAGCAGCCUGCAGCAAUUACUUUAAAAAGCUGUUCAAGAAGCAUGAAGUAGACAACUCCUCUGUCAUAGAAAUUGACUUUAUCCGCUCUGACAUUUUCGAGGAGGUGCUGAAUUAUAUGUACACUGCAAAGAUAUCCGUGAAAAAGAAAGAUGUUAACUUGAUGAUGUCAUCGGGGCAAAUACUGGGAAUACGUUUUUUGGAUAAGCUGUGUUCGCAAAAGCGGGACUUGUCCGCAGAGGAGAAACUAGACCAAAGAAAUGCCAAGUACCCCUAUGACAUUGUCAAAAUCGGAAUACCCACUGACGAUUCUCACCUGCCAACAGACACUGACGUGCAGGUGCUAGGCGACCACGACGACGGCUCGCACGACAUCGGCGACGACGGACACUCCCACAAUCACGACCUGGACAAGUCACCCACCAGCGCCCUCCGCGUGCAGGAGGCCAUCCUGAAGGAGCUCGCCCAGGAGGAGGUCCACAAGGUCGCCUGCUACGACCACGACGUGGAGGCCAUGGACGGCGAGCCCAAGGACCUGGCGGGCCACGCCGCCCAGAGCCUGGGCUUCCCCGACAGCAUGGGGGAGGUGAAGGACGAGCAGGGUCCCGGCUGGACCACGGCCGCCGCCGACAUGAAGUUUGAGUAUCUGCUGUACGGCCACCGCGACCACCUGGCCUGCCCGGUGUGCGGCAAGACCUUCAUGGACGAGAACCGGCUGCGCAAGCACGAGAAGCUGCACUCGGCCGACCGGCCCUUCAUCUGCGACAUCUGCACCAAGGCCUUCACCACGCAGGCGCACCUCAAGGAGCACUUGAAGAUCCACACGGGCUUCAAGCCCUACCGGUGCGAGGUCUGCGGCAAGUCCUUCAUCCGCGCGCCCGACCUCAAGAAGCACGAGCGCGUGCACAGCAACGAGCGGCCCUUCGGCUGCCAGAUGUGCGAGAAGGCCUUCAAGCACAAGUCGCACCUGAAGGACCACGAGCGGAGGCACCGGGGCGAGAAGCCCUUCGUGUGCGGCUCGUGCACCAAGGCCUUCGCCAAGGCCUCGGACCUCAAGAGGCACGAGAACAACAUGCACAGCGAGCGCAAGCAGAACAACAUGCCCAACUCGCUGCAGAGCGAGACGGAACAGCUGCAGGCCGCUGCCAUGGCUGCGGAGGCGGAGCAGCAGCUAGAGUCCAUUGCCUGCUCAUAGCAUACGGCAUGCUCCCCCAAACACCCUCACCCUCAGCAUCAUCAGCCCCUGGUCUGGGCGCCACACGUCGAGUCUAACAAUCAAGCUUUUUCUACUACGUCUUAUUUUUUUGGAGGGCAUUGGGGGGGUGUAGGCAUGUAGUGUCAUGACACUUCUAUUGUUUUGACAAUAUUAGUUAUUUUUUGUUUUUUUUAGAUGUCAUGAAAUUUCAGAACUAACACAAAAUGUUAUACUUUAUUUGAUUGUGGUGAUAAUUCUAUGGCAAGAGUAUAGGUUUAUCGACAUAAUGUUUAAUUGUUGAGAUUUUUCUUUAAAGACAAUGUAUAUUGUGUAACAUGAAUAGAUUUUUUGACUGCACAGAUGAUAUUAAAAAACUUUUUGGUGUACAUAUAUGAUGGCAGCCCAAUGGACAAUACUGCUCUGCCUUAUCCCACUUGUCAAAUAAAACCUGCUGUUCUACAAUGCCAGUUUCAUGCCAUAAUUGAUAUUACAUGAUUUAUAAAGUAAAAAAUAUGAAAUGAUAUGCUGAUGAACAAGGUUUUGAUGGAAAGUAUUCCAUCAAGCUGUACAAACCUCUAAAGAAUUAUGUAUAAUGCCAGCUGAAGAUAUUUUGCUGUAAUAAAUGUAUUGCCUUUUGGGUAACCUAUA